GAUCACUCAUUAUCACGUUGGGAACCACACAGAAUGGACGUAUAUUUAUAUUGACAAGAUGAAACAAAUUAUAUUCUGUGUUAUAGUGGCUUUAAGUUCAGUGAUAGCGGAAUACAAAUAUGAAACGAAGUAUUUCAAAGUCCCGCUCGACCACUUCGGGUUCCAGAGGAAUGAAACGUUCAAUAUCAAGUAUUUGGUGAACGAUGACAACUGGGAUCGUGGGAAUGGUCCUAUCUUCUUCUAUACCGGCAAUGAGGGUCAAAUUGAAUUGUUUGCCAAACAUACGGGUUUCAUGUGGGAAAUCGCCGCGGAGUUCAGAGCUAAAAUCGUAUUUGCUGAGCACAGAUACUAUGGCUCAUCGAUGCCUUUCGACAAGAAGUCGUUGGACAAGGAACACAUCGGGUACUUGUCGUCUGCGCAGGCGCUGGCCGACUAUGCUGACCUGAUCAACUUCCUACAGGGCAACGUGGUCAAGCCUAGGUAUCCUGUCAUUGCUUUUGGAGGGUCAUACGGUGGAAUGCUGGCUGCGUACUUCAGGAUAAAGUACCCUCACGUGGUGAUCGGCGCCAUCGCGGCUUCUGCCCCUGUACACAUGUACCCCGGCAUGGCUCCCUGCGGAGUGUUCAACAGGCUGGUCACCUCCAGCUUCAAGACUGUCGAUAUUAACUGCUCCAAGAAUAUCAGACAGUCUUGGGCUGUUAUUAGAAAUUACACCAAAACACCUGCUGGUCAAGAAGUCUUGAACAAGACUCUCAACCUAUGCUCGCCCGUCAAAAACGCUACAGACCUCGAUACGCUCAUGGAAUUCUUGGAGUCAAUGUACUCCACUCUGGCCAUGGUGAACUAUCCAUUCGCGUCUGACUUCUUGACGUCAUUGCCUGCUGAACCCGUGAGGGUUGUCUGCCAGUACCUUAAUGAGACAUUGACAGGAGAAAAACUGCUUAAGGGUAUUGGAAAAGUGGUAGACAUAUUUACGAAUUACGAUAAAAAGAAUCCUUGCGUUAAUUACAAGGAAGGCGAUGACUACGGUAAUCUCGACGCUGCUGGUUGGGAUUACCAGGCAUGCACAGAGAUGGUGAUGCCGAUGUGUUCAAACGGCGUGAAUGAUAUGUUCGAGCCGCAGCCGUGGAACUUCACCGCCUACGCAGAGGAGUGCCAUAAGAAGUACGGCGUCUACCCUCGGCCAGACAUGGCACGGCUCGAGUAUGGAGGCAACAGACUCCAGGCCGCCUCAAACAUUGUCUUCAGCAAUGGUUUGCGAGAUCCUUGGACUGGAGGUGGAAUUCUCGACAGCUUGAGUGACACAGUACGAGCAGUCGUAAUUGUAGACGCUGCUCACCACCUGGACCUGAUGCCCAGCAACCCCAGUGACCCCGAACCAGUGAAGAUCGCCAGGAACAUCCACAAGCAGCACAUAACCCGGUGGAUCAACCAGUUCCGCGAACAAUUAAUGACUACUCGAAAAUCGUGACUUCUGUGAUUGUUGACUGUUAAGAAUAAAGUAUACAUUUUUUUUUUCA